CAAAUGCCCCUAAACCUCUAUAGGGAGGAUUGUCCAUGUGCCGAUGCACAUUUGUGGCGCCUGCCUGUACCUUUCCUGAGUACACAAGGGUUGAUCCUGCUGCCUUUUCUUUCAAGCCUCUGAGAAUCAGCACAUCUCCUUAGGUAGCAAAGUGUUGUUCCUUCCUUCUCUGUUUUCAGUUGGAGGGGAGCGUUCAUCCUCCCUUCCCAGCCCUUACAAUCGACGCACAGCAUAGGUAGGCUCAGUGCCGGGAAGAAGCCAAAGGAAUGGAAUUGGCCAUCCCUUUGUUGUGAGGGGCAAUAUGUGCCAUAGUGGCUGGGGGGCAUGUGCUUGGCCUCAGUGUAGGAGAAGCUGAAGUUGACACAGGGUGUGAAGGCAGCAUGAAGAGAGAAAAGGACCUGGGACACUGCACUGAAAGUGUGUGGUUAUGUGCAAGGCCACCGUGCACCCACUGCCUCCCUUCUUCCCUGUGGUGGGUCUGUUCAGGGCAACCAUUGGUGAAGUGGCUGACUGUGCGAAGUUUUGUGCGGCUGUGAUCCAGCAGGGACAGGAAAGCGGCGUCUCUUGUCACUCUGGCAAGGGCAGGUGCUGGCCUUUGUGUAAGAGCAGUGUCUUCUCAUUAAAUGAAAGGCUGCCCUAAGGCAAAGAACAAAGUGCAUUUUCUCCGAGUUUCUGUGGCUGAAGCUGCAACUCCUCUGUGUCCAAAUUGGUAACAUCAAUUGAAGGUACCUGCAUCUACAGAAGGAGCUUCAGUUGCUGCAGGCAGAGUUCUGCCUCCUUCAAGUCAUCCCCUCCUGUUCCUUUAGCAGUCUGUUGCAAAAGCAAGUCUAUUAACUUCUGCCAGAGGCUUGAAGACAAAAAUCAAGACAUAAAAUAAUCUAUAUUUUCUCUAAGUAUUGAACCUGGUGUGGCUUUCCUUGGAGCUCCCUGGCCUUCUGCUGCUCUUCAAGUCCCCCUGCUCUGGAAGAGUCAUGAAGAGAAAGAAUAUGAUGCAGAACAGAGAUGCAGAGACCAAGCCAAGGGGCUAACCUCUACCAGAGGCUGUCUGCAGUGCGUCCCGUGGAGCAUGUCCUGUCUGCAAGGCUGUCCAACAGAGCCUGUGAUGGUCAGACAUGCUGCUGCUGGUACAAAGAACUGAGAGCCAGGUCAUAGGGAGAACCUGUGCAGGAAGCUUGGGGUAGCCAAGCCGUAGCAGAACAAGUGUGAGAUGUUGAUCCCCAAGUUUCUUUUGAAAGUAAACAAUAUUUAGGAACAGGAUUUUCCUGGUACUUGGCAUCAAGAUCAGCUGUCUAGGAAAAAAAAGGAGGUAUGAGGGUAGAAGUGACAGUCUCUAGAUGAUAGAUUUGCUUCCAGUUAGGAUAUGGUCUCCUUUUUUAAGUCCCUUAAAAAUUGGUUUAUGCCUCAGUGGUAGGAAAAGUAAAGAAGAUGGUAGUUGCUAACUCUGGUUUCCAUUAGAAAGUUGCUCCCAGAGAAUGAUCAUUUCCCAGCAGUUCUCCUAGAGGAACAUGGGGUCAUUCCAGCGCUGCUUCAGCCUGUUUUGUGCAGUCAUCUUGCCCCCAAAGCCCUGCUGCUGCGGAAAGUAUUUCUAGUUCAAACAUGGUUAGUCCAGCAAGGCAGUGGUGGUGUGGAGCUCGCUCUGCCUGGAGCAGUUUUGGGUGCAUCUGCGAGUGGUGUAACCUGUAGUGGCAGUUAUAGGACUGGGCUUCUUGCAGUCGCAGGUGAAACAUUUUCUUUAAUGGAAAGCAGAACUAUCUGGGUUAAAUCCCACCAAAUGGAGGUUCAGGUGUGAUGCUUUUAUGUCCCUUCCCCCACCAGAGAGCAAAGACUGUCUGUCUCUCUGCAACUUUGGCAGAAGCCAAAGCUGGGUAGAGGAACAAACUAAAAGCCUGGUGGGAAGCUGGAGAAAGGGCAGAUGUGGCACUGGGUACCUGGUACCACAGUUUGACCUCUGCAUGGUCCUCUGGCUACUGCCAGGGAGGUGAAGGUGUUGCUGCCCAGAUGGAUGGCCAGGUUGUGUAGGGGCUCCCAGCCAGGGGAGAUAGGAAGGAGACUGGGGGCAGAGGGUCUUGGACAGUAACCAGGGCUGUGGUGGGAGUGAUGGUGGCCGCAGCAGGUGGUUCCAUGUCAACCAGCAGAUGGGGUUGCCACUGAGAUGCUGGGUGGCCAGUAGCAGGGCAGAGAAGGUUGUAAUUCAGGUGAAGAUCAUUGAGAUCCAUCAGACCCCUUAGAGCACCUGGCUGGAGCUUCACCCUGCUGUACCCCAGGUGGAGGGCAGUGAUGUGCAGAGGGUCUGGGAAGAAGCCAGCCUGUGUAGGUGGGGAGGUGGCAGUGAAGGCAGGCUGGUGUUGGGGUGGUGGGCACAGCACUGCCAGACACAGCAGGAACAGCUUGAGGGUCACAAGGGCCUGGCAGGGGCAGGAUGAAGACAACCAGCCAGGCACUGCUCCCUUCACCUGGCCCUCCCUGAGGCCAGCUCCCACCCCAAAAUACAUCUCAGUGAUUCUGUGGAUGUCGCUAAUCUCCCAAGGGUGAUCCCUGCCAGCCUAGGACAGCUUCAUCCUCUCUAAACCUACAUCUCAAAUGAUCAUUUCUGGACAGCAGAAUGGAGAUGAACGUGAGAGCCAGUCUUUCCAAGCAACUCAUUGCAUCUGUGUGGUUGGAUGCUCACCCUGUGUCGCUAAGCAUCCCUGGGAGCCUGAGCCGGCUAAAGGCAAUGGCCAGCAAGGCUUUGGCCAGCUGGCUCGCAGACCCACAGAAUCAUCUAGGUUGGAAAUGACCUUUAAGAUCAUUGAAUCCAAUCCUGGUGGGCCUGUCCAUCGCCCACAGGUGACACUGGGAUGGGACAUACUGGUUGUGGCAGCUGAGAUUGCUGAAUAGGGGAAGGGCUAAAAGGAGAGAGGGGCAUUAGUAUCGGAUCUUCCAGAUUUUCAUCAGGCUGCAGAUUUGCUCACACUCCUUUUGAGAGUAAAAUGCCGAGCCGAAAAAUGGAAAUGACAGAUCUGGGGAGGAAAACAAAGGCCUCCUGCAAGCAAACGUUGCUUCACACAAACAAUUGCUGCCCCUGGCCUCUUCGAAACAGGCAGAGAAGCAAAAUCAGAAGAACUGGGAGGUGUACAUGUGGCACAGCCCAGCAGCCCGGUUUGCCAGUUGCCUUUCUCUUUCCCGUUGCUCAGGCUGGCCGCUGCAGCAGCAGUUUUGGCUGGAUGUCACCUUUUCUGCCCCACACUUCCAUAGCUCCUGUGACUUAAGCAGGCAGGAAAGAAAAGAUGGAGGCUAGGAAGCAGCAAGUGCAAAAUCCAAACGGGCUCUGACCAGGCUGAUGCUGCCACACACCAGGCUUUGGGUCCCCAGCAUUGGCAUUCCCCGCCCCUGUGAGGCGACGGGGAGGCAAUGUCUGGGUCACUGCUCUCUCUCCAGAGGUGCUCUACCCUUCCUAUCCCCCCUCCUCCUCCUUCUUCUCCUCCUGCAAAGUAUUUCUGGCUCAGUCCAGCGAGACGCUGGGAAAGCGACACAAUGGGGCCCAUUUAGCUCUCGCUUCUGGGAGAGCAAACACUGGUGCAGGAGCUCGGCAGUUGCUGGAUGGGGCUGGAGGACACGUUCCCCUCUUUCUUUGCCACCUCUCGAAGAGAAGGUACCCCCCAUUUCCAGCCAUAGGUGCCCUCCACCAUGAAGUUGUCCCAGGGGUUCCUCCUGCUCCUAGCAGCCAUGGGGCUGGGAGCUACAGCUGCCACCCGCUGCCCUGCACCCUGUGUCUGUGACAACCUCCGUGCCCACGUCCUCUGCCUCAAUGUGAGCCUGAUGGCCAUCCCCAGUGCCAUCCCACAGCUCACCAAAAACCUGGACCUUUGGGGCAACAGCUUCACAGUUAUCCCAGCAGAGGCCUUCCUCGCCACCCCGUACCUCACGCACUUGGACUUGCAGCACUGCAAGGUGGAGAAGCUGGAAGAAGGGGCUUUCCGGGGGCUGGGGAGGCUGGUCUAUCUCAACCUGGCCUCCAACAGCAUAGCCUUCCUCUACCAGGAGUCCCUGGAUGGGCUCUCCUCCCUCCAGCAGCUCAUCCUGGAGGGGAAUCGCAUUGAGGAGAUCCAACCAGGAGCUUUUGGCCAUCUGGGGUCCCUCACCAUUCUCGACCUGAGGGCAAAUGCCUUGGUCUACCUCCCAGACAUGGUCUUCCAGGGUCUGCAGGCCCUCAGGUGGCUCCGGCUGUCCCACAAUGCCCUUCACGUGCUGGGUAACGAGGCCUUUGCCGCACUGCCCACCCUGCGCAGGCUGAGCCUGGACCACAAUGAGCUGCAAGCGCUGCCCAGCGAGGCCCUGGCCAGGCUUGAUGGGACCACCCGGCUGGACCUGGGCCACAACCCCAUCACCUACCUGGCUGAGGAAGCCUUGGCCAUGGCCUCAUUGAAGCACCUCUUCCUGGACCAUGCUGCCCUCCAGGAUGUGGCACCUGAAGCCUUUGCCCAGAGCCCCCAACUGCGCACGCUGGACCUCCGCAAAAACCAGCUGCAGGGGCUGCCACCCCUGGCUGGGGCGAGGGCACUGGUGACCAUCAUCCUGACUGGGAACCCUCUGCUCUGCUCGUGCCGCCUGCGCCCCUUCCAUGCCUGGCUGGCAAGGGCACGGGUGCAGGCAGAGGGGGCCUGUGCUGCACCCCCUGCUCUCCAUGGCCGGCCUCUUGACUCCCUGAGGCCCUCUGAGAUGAUGUGUGGCCGCCCUCAGCCACCCCCUGGCCCCACCGUACCACCGGAGCAGCCAAGGACAGCUGGCAAUGGACAAUGCCCCCAGGGAUGCACCUGCUCUUCUGAUUUCCGUCACGGAUCCUGCGAGAAGAGGAACCUGCAGGAGAUCCCCCGGGGCUUCCCCAAGAACACCAGCCUCCUCAACCUAGGCCGAAAUGCCUUCAGGACGGUGCCACUGGGUGCCUUCCCUGGCCUGAAGGAGCUGGUGUCUCUCCAUCUGCAGAGCUGUGGCAUCGAGGUGCUGCACCCUGGGGCACUGCGGGGGCUGGAGAGCCUGGUCUACCUCUACCUGACCGACAACCGCCUCUCCACUUUGGCGGCUGCUACCUUCAAGGGGGCCCCACGACUGGCCUACCUCGAUCUGGACCACAAUGCCUUCACCCACCUGCCUGCAGGCAUCUUCCAGCUCCUGCCCAACCUCAUCUCCCUCCACCUGCAGCACAACGCCAUCAGGGAGUUGGUGGAAGGUGACCUGGCAGGGGCGAGAGGAUUGCGAUGGCUCUACCUCACCGGGAAUGCCAUCGAGCGCAUUGCUCCCACUGCCCUGGCUCCUGCCAAGAUGCUGGAGAAGCUGCACCUGGAGGGCAACCGCCUGGUGGAGGUGCCCACGGUGGCCCUGAAGGCCCUGUCUGCCCUGAGUGAGCUGAAGCUGUCCCGAAACCCCAUCAAGUACAUGGGGGAUGGUACCUUCCUACCUGUGGCCUCCAGCCUGCAGCACCUCUACCUGGACAAUAUGGGCCUGGAGCAGAUUUCCCCUGGUGCUUUUGCUGGCCUUGGUCCCAGGAUCAGAAGCCUCUACCUGGAGAGCAACAAAAUGAGCAGCAUCCCCAACAUGAACAACUUCACGGGGCUGGAGAUCCUCAACCUGAGGGAUGUGCCUUUCCACUGCGACUGCCAGCUCCUUCCCCUGCGCCGGUGGAUUGACAAACUUAACCUCCGUGUAGGAGCCACUUGCGCAUCCCCUGCAGAAGCCCGUGGGCUGAAGGUGAAGCUUUCUACUACUUUCCAGACCUGCCCUGGCUGGGGCCGAGGUGAGGCUGAGGGAGCCAGUACUGACAAGACCAAGGCUGCAAGCAAGCCCAGCAAGAAAAAGAGAUCGGGAAAACCACCAGCCAGGGGAUUCAAGAGGAACAGAGCUUAGCAAAAGCAUGCAGGAUGCAACAGGGCCAUACGUAGAGUGUGGUGAGAGCAGUUUUUCUACACUUGUCCUCAACAUGGCGACAUGGAUAUGACAGUAGGUGUGACGGAGAGAGCCUGGUGUCAUCAAAGUGAUGCCAAUUUGCAAGAGAUGCCAGGUUUAUUUUUGCAGGACACAGGCAUAUUACCCUAGAAAGAACAGGUACAAAAAGCUGCUGUAGCGUUUGCAGUCUGCUUUGAUGACUCCAACAAGGCCAAAUAUUUGGUUAUUCUUCCCCAAGCUCCCUCCAGCCAUGCGGAAAAACUGGAAUCUUCAAGAAGUUUGUUUCUGUUUUUAAGAGCAUUGUGCUCUCACGGCUUCAGAAAGGAUUAAAGAAAGACUGGGAAUGCAAACAGCAUCACCACAAGAUCCUGCGCUGGCUCAGAUCUUAGAGCAGAAAAGGUCAAAAUCAUCAUCCAUGAAAACAUUGCCUCAAUUCCCAGCAGCUCCUCAGAAUUAAAAUAUAAGCAGAUCAAAACUUUCCUGUUUCCUGCAAAAUUGGAUCACUAGGCUGAUGGAUGAUGCCAUUUGUAGGCAAUGUGCUCAACCUGUUUUAGACAGCAGCCCAGGUUGGGAUCAUCCCCCACCCCCAAUCCCAGUGGGAACACAAGGUGAUUCUUGUUUUUAAAGGCAGGAGUUUGUUCAAAGUGGGAAGGCCUUAAAUG